AUGCCGGGCUACGAGGGCGCGGUGAUUAACGUCAUCAGCGGAGUUAGUCUGGCGUCGACGAGCAUCUUCGAGAACAUGAAUUACAACAACAAUUCGUAUGGUUACAACAUAGAGUCGACAACCUCCAGCAACGGCAGUUCAUCAACGAUUGACUACUCGAGCAGUUCAACAGCCAGCUUGACCAGCGACAGGGUCACACUUCCAGUUGGAGACAAUGAUCAGGUUCGAGGGCAAACUGGUGGUCCAAUCAAGCAGACUGGUUUGAGCAGUUGUGAAAAGUGCUUAUCGAAAUCGAAAGAUACGAGACUUGAAGAGGAGGAAGAGGACGAAGGCUACGCUUCUGGAGACGAGUCGGUCGAUCGUGAUGCUGAUGAAGAGAGGAUAACUGAUUUUGAAGGGGAGUUUCGGGACACUGGUUUGCUGUUCAGCUCCGAGGAGGAUUUCAUAACGAUGGACGAGCUUAAUGGUAGUUACUUCAAUAACAGUUACGGGGAAUUCGACAGGAUUUUGGUGGGUAGUUAUAACAAUACCGGUAAUGCCAGUGAUAACAACGAAACUUAUGUUGAAGGUCUGUACCCCUCGGGCUACAGCCUCAUACAAAUAAUAUUUGCAUCGAUCGCUGCGACGAUACUCAUGAUUAUUGUCGUCGUCGGCAACAUGCUCGUGAUAAUAGCGAUAGCUACUGAAAAGGCGCUUAAGAACAUCCAGAACUGGUUCAUCGCCAGUCUGGCGGUAGCUGACUUUUUUCUCGGGCUUCUGAUCAUGCCCUUCUCCCUCGCCAACGAAAUCAUGGGCUACUGGAUUUUCGGGUACUGGUGGUGUGAUAUUUACUCCGCUAUGGACGUACUGCUUUGCACCGCGAGUAUCAUGAACUUGUGUUUGAUAAGCUUAGAUAGAUAUUGGAGCAUUACGCAGGCUGUGGAGUACCUCAAGAAGCGGACACCUGCUCGAGCCGCUCUCAUGAUCACACUUGUUUGGCUCAUGUCCGCGCUUAUUUGCAUCCCGCCGCUUUUGGGGUGGAAAAGACCCACACCUGAGGAGGAGUAUCCCAAGUGCAAGGUCAGUUUUUUUUAG